ACAUAUUGAGAUGUAUACUAAACUUAGAGCGUAAAACUAGCUAUCGGGACAGUGAUUGCAUUAGUUAAGCGUUAAUUCCGAUAUUUUUGUUCAUUGGAACUAACAACCUACAAUGGAUGCAGUGGAAUGGGGCGUCAUUGAGGAAUUUAAAGCUGCCUUCGAAGGGAACAUUCUUAUUUCAAAUAUAGUUUUGAAGACGAUAAAGUCUAGAUGCAGUCUUAAUCCAACGGAAGAAAAGAAAAUUACGAUUAAGAAUUUGGUGAGGAAAACUUUGUUGAGAAUACUUCGCAAUCAAGAAGGAGGCUUUGAUAUUCUAAUGGAAGCUCUUGCAAAAGAGGAAAAGAACAACGAGUAUUUUAUAAACAGAAUGAAAACACGUCUUCAACAAAAGAAAAAGAACAAUAAAAGGCUUAAAAAUACAAAUCAUCACAAUUCCUCAAAUACAGAAGAAAAUGGGGUCUAUACCGAGCUGCUUUUGACAACAGUUACAGGUGUUCCUAACAAUACAAAACCCGUAACUGAAAGUUUAAAAUCGAUUACUGAUCAAGUUGUAAAAAUGAGAAAAGACAUGGAUCCACAGAAUCUUAAGAAUCAAAUGUCGUUAGAGGAAUUGCAUCGUGAAAUAUUAGAAGGUAGAUAAAAGGUUCACAAAGAGAAAAUUGAAAGCCUUAAACGCGAAUCUAAAGAAAAGGACAAAGAAAUACAGAAACUUUCCAACGAAAAGAAAGAACUCCUUGUCACUCAAAAACAGCUCAAAAUUGAAAACAGUCGGCUUCAAAACGAUAAAGAAAAACUUCGAAUUAGGAGGAAGGAAGACUUAAUGAAUAUUGACGCCGAUGUACAUCAACCUAUUGUGCAAACCAUUAUUACUGCGAAGAAUGUUGUUGUUAAUUAAAAUAUCUCUUUAAUAUUGUUGAACCAGUUAAAAGAUUGAUUUUGCAUUUGUCCGUGAGGUAAUCCAUUCUUCGUAGUUCAUUGCAGUUAAUUUAAAUACAUGUAUAUUCCGUUCAUACAGAGAGACUUCCUCGUUUCUGAUAACAUCUUUCUCUAUUGUCAGUCAUGAUUAUCCUUCUGUUUAUUGUACGUAAUGCAUUUAAAUACCAUUCGCGUGUCAAAUGAUUUACAUUUACCAAAUGUUUUGCGUGUAAUUUUGUUCAUGAUGGCGGUAUAAAAUCAUACACACAGUU